AUGACGGCACAGCUCCUCGCUACAGAGCUCACCAACCUCAUUCAGGAGAGCAAGAGGAAGCACAACGACCUUCGACAAGCAGCAGAAAGGUCACUGGAGGAGCUGAAGAGCUUGAACAUUUCCUCCGAAGCUCAACUUGGUCCAGAGUUGACGCAGAAAACCAGCUUUGCCAAUCCGUUUAUUAUUGCUUGCGGUACCAAAAAUGCCAAGUUCACGGGCAUCGCCAUUGUCUGUCUACAGAGACUCAUCGUCUCCAAGGCCCUACCGAGACCGAGGUUGAACCAGGUCCUAGAGGCAUUGCAAGGGGCUACUUCGGCAGGGCUAGAUGUCCAACUCAAGAUCCUUCAGGCACUACCAUCUUUGCUGCAGAAUUACUCCAGUGACAUUCGAGGCGAGCUCUUGGUCACAGCCUUGAACAUCUGCUUCAUUCUGCAGUCCAGCAAGAAUGCUAUUGUAAACAAUACAUCUGCGGCGACCCUGCAGCAGCUUGUCGUUACCGUUUUUGACAAGGUUGUCACAGAAGAUAGUGAGUCUCGGCUAGCCACUAUUCCUGAUAACCCUGCGCUUCUGACAAACUCUUUGAUAGGAGAAACACCUGAUGGCCCAACAGUGGGUGAGGCGCCCACCGAGGGCGGCGUCGUAUCGCUUAAACCAGCUGCGAUGGAUGCGUAUCGAGUAUUCAACGAUCUCUGCCUUUUGACCGAGUCUCAGCGGCCUGAGUAUCUCCGGUUUACCGGUCUCCCGCAAACCUUUGGCCUGGAGCUUAUCGAGUCUGUCUUGACAAACCAUGCCAGUACUAUCAGCAGCCACCCGGAACAGGCCUAUAUCCUGCAGACCCGGGUGAUGCCAUUUAUCGUCCAGUCUCUUGCGGCGAAGUUGAAUUUUCCUACCACCGUCAGGUUUCUCCGGAUACUCUACACCAUCCUGCGAAGACAUCUCACCUUGUUACCUUCCGAGUGUGGCGAAGCUCUUGAUAUUCUUACGCGACUCCUUGACCAGGAAACUCUUACAUGGAAGCGCUCCUUGUGUAUGGAGGUUUUCAGAGGCAUCUUCUCCGAUGCUGGUCUGCUCCGGAAAGUCUACUCGCUUUUUGAUGCACGUGACGGCCAGCAGAAAGUACUGAAAAAUCUCAUGGCUACCUUUGUUCGUGUCAGCACCGAGAAACCCAACAUCAUAGGUCUGGGUCAACAGUCUACCAUCCCUGUGGCAAACCCAUACUCUAGCAUUGGGGCGGCGACCGACCAGGCCAUGCUGGACGCUGCUGGUGUCGGUGGCAUAAUCAGCGGGCCCGCCGGCUCUGAGGGAUACAACACGGGCAUCAGUACACAAUGGAGUUCAGUCAGGGUUCCGUGCAUCGACCAGCUGGAUAAAACUGAGCCACCCUCCAUACCCGAAUCAUACAUCUACAGCCUCACUUUGGCAUGCAUCACGUCGUUAUCCGAAGGUCUGGCCAAAUUCAUCCUCCCACUCACCAUUGCUGACCGGAGCAAAAGACGGGGACCCAAGACCGACACCGGAGCAGGAAGUGGUAGAAACUCACCGGCACCACCGGCGGAAGAAACCAUGGGCACUCCAAGCAAGGGGGCCCUUGAGAGAACAUCUUCUUAUAAGAGGAAUCCUGUGCCAGUCAAUCCUCUUUUACUCGAGGAACAUCCUCUCCACGCCGACAUCAAAAUCUGCGCAAAUAUUGUGGAAGAAUGCUGGCCAGCCAUCUUGGCCACAUGUUCCACAUUCCUAACAUCAGCCCUCGAUUCCGAAUACUAUCACGGUCUUGUGCGAGCAUUUCAAAAGUUUGCACACGUGGCCGGUCUCUUACAGUUAACGACUCCCAGGGAUGCAUUUUUAACGACCCUUGGAAAGGCUGCAGUACCACCAAAUGUUUUGACCGCUUGCUUGAAUGGUUCAGGUGCUCGGCCACAAACACCCACCGGUUCUGAUUCUGCAAACAGCCUUCUGGGUAACGCACGAGGCAUUCUCAGCUCCGAUAGUCUCCAAAAUCCUGACAGACCAAGACAGGGGUCGGUAGUAGAUGUCGGACCGGCUACACUGAACACGAGAAACAUGCUCUGCUUGAGAGCUUUGCUGAAUCUUGGUAUCGCUUUGGGCCCCACACUUGAAGAAUCAUGGCGAAUACUGUUGGAGACUCUACAGCAAGCAGACUUUGUACUCUUUGCGUCAAGCAAAGUGGCAGGCAGAGUGCCAACCGCCACGAGGACACCUGAUCAGCAAGCCGAUAGUGAAGCACAGGCUUUACUUGGAAACUUCAAUUCCGAGGUCAAAGCCGUGGAAACUGCUGCAUCGCGACUAUUCGAGAGCACGGUAGACUUUUCCAACAAGUCUUUCGUCGAGGUUGUCAAGGCAGUCUGCGAUUUGCUCGACAAGCCAAACGAGCCUGCCUCGCCUGCAGCAGCACGCCCAGAGUCUCCAGCUUCUAGUAGCGGAAAUGACACUCUCAGAACACCUGGACAGCGCCACAGACGGACUAUGAGCUCCAUGAGCAUCUCAGCACCGUCGGCGGCAGCCACCCAACAAGAUCAGUUCGCAUUGGCAAAGCUUGGCGACCUUGCCUCGAUCAAUCUCGAAAGGCUUCUGACAUACCCACCGGCUGAUUCGGGCUGGACACCACUGGUAUCAGAGCUGAUUGGUACACUGAGCUCUGCGACUGUCAAUGCCCCUGUCCGGUCGCGUGCCGCCGACAUUCUUGUUCGCUUUGUCCUUGAGUGUGUAUCUGCAGUAGCCGGGACACCAGAUGAGGUCAGGGGGGCAAUUCAGCUUCGCCUGUUCGAAGCACUGCGCGACUCGCUGUUGCCACUGCAAAUGCCAAACAGGGAAAUUACUGUUGCUACGCAUUCCACAGACGUUGAAAUCCACAAAAUCAUUCUAGAGGGCUUAAAAAGCAUACUGGAAAGCUGCGGGGAGAGUCUCUUGAGCGGUUGGGAUAUAACAUUCGAAAUAAUUGACAGCAUAUUCUUGCGCCGCCGAUUUUCGCCGGCUCAAGGCGAAGACGAGAGUAGCAAGCCCCCUGAAGCAUUGAUGACCAGGUCUAUCAAGCUCAUAAAGCCCUCUUUCGACUCUCUGCAACUAAUAUGCUCGGACUUUCUGGCAUCUUUGCCAAAUUCGUGCUUCUUGCUUCUGGUUGACACUCUCUUUAAGUUUUGCUCCCAGGAUGAUGACCUGAACGUUGCUCUGACGACUGUAACAUUCUUCUGGGCCAUAUCCGAUUUUCUUUCUAGCAAAAGCCAGUCGCUUUCAAUCACAGAAGACAUGGUAGAGGGCACGGGCGACUCUGCGUUGGUCGGCCUUGCUUCAGACCCGAAACAUCCUGCAGCCGAUGCUGCCCUCUGGAUGCUGCUUCUACUCAGGUUAACAAAUGUUACAACGGAUCAACGACUGGAGCUACGAAACAGUGCUAUCCAAACACUUUUGCGCAUUAUACACGCCUAUGGAAGUAGCCUCAGCCCAGAAGCAUGGUCUAUAUGCAUCAAGUCGGUCAUUUUUAGGCUCUUAACCUUCAUCCAGACACGACUGGGCUCGGCCCACCCGGAUUCAAAAACUAUGGCAAGCAGUGACUGGGAUGACACUGCCGUCGUCGUAAUCAAUGGCGUGUCGGAUCUCUUGUCAAAUUACCUCGAAGUUCUCCUUGGCCACAGCGGUUUCAAGAGCAUAUGGAGCGACCUACUUCAGCAUUUUGCCAACAUGCUCGACUUUAACGUCUUGGAAAUCAACAGUGCCACAUUCAACAGUCUUGGAAGGAUACUGUCCAAGGUUGCGGCUGGCCCUCGCAAGAAGUUUGACAAGGAAGCUGUCGACCUUGCUUGGAAUCUUUGGUCUCGUAGCCUCCCAGUACCUCCUCCUGAGCAGAUAGCUGGAGACAACCAGAAGUGCCUUGUUUCAUGGGUAGAGGCGCUUUUGGAGCUGUAUCGUCUCAUCCAUGAGACCUUGGACGUCGAACGUGUGCGACGUCUUCUGGCUCUGGUGCGUGAGGCGAUGAUCCAAGCCACCCCUGGGUCGUACGCCAGUGACAUUGAAUACCUAACGCCGCUGCAAGGAAAAAUUCUCGAGGUAUUGCGGACGGUACGCACUGAUAUUAGUGGCGGCGCUCCCUCGGCCAUGAUUUCCCAGACAGCCGAGUUUGUGGCCUUUGCUUUCGAUCCCAGCAGGACGAUCAACACACCAACUCAAAAGCGCACCUACGUGGCUAUGUCCAAGGAGAGCAUGCGCAUCUUGCAUUAUCAUGUCACCAGCAAUGCUUCUGAUGCUGACAUGUUUGCAAGUGGUGCCUUCCACGCUGCUCUCGAGGCCCUCGCGCGUCCCAUUGUAAUGAAGUACAGCUUUGGGGUAGUAACCAAAUCGAUCCAGCCGUGGCGCGAAGCGACGGAGGCUACCCUGGCUAUUCUCGAGACGACGUUACCACAUCUGAAAGCCGCGUCGGCUGAGGAUGUGCCCCGAGAAAAGGCACAGGCCAUAUGGCAUGUCAUUGUCGAGAUUUCUAAUGGAAUCAUUAGCGCGGACUGCGAUUCUGCACCAAACAGUUCAGACUUGCAAGCGGAUGAGAUGUUCGACGUGGACUCGUUCCAGCGGCUGCGCGAGCUUAUCGUGCCUGCAUUGGGAGGACAAGAUGUGGCCGAAAAGACAAGAAAGGCUUUCGCAGAAGGACUGUUUCGGACAUCCAUCAUGCAUGAGCUGACACCUGCUGAGAGCCAGGUCAUGCAGUCACACAAUGGAUGCGACGUGCAGCGUGGGUUGGGUAUGGUUCUAAAAGCCAGGGAUGGUCGGACGAUCGAUCCGGUGCGAACUAGGCGUGCCAAAAUGGCGGGCGUCUGUCUGGAAGAGCUGUUUGCAUUGGUUGAAGUCAAGGAUGAGGAAGUGGAUAUGCCAUCCAUCGUAGUGCAGCCGCCGACUCCUCGAUUUGCCAAACCGCCGCAGCGUAUUGCAGACAGCAAAGAGAGCGAUGGGCUGGGAGAUGGGAUGCAGGAUUCUGCGAGCAGAGACAGGGAUACAGCAGGCCAGCAUGUGCAACUCGCCCGAACGACAGCCCCAUAUCUCAUCCUCCGAUGUGCGCUCACUCUGAGAGCAUACAUCGCGGAUCAGCCACUGCGUGGGCGCAUGCCGCAACCUCUCGGAGAGCGCGCGGAGCUGACACGGGUGGUCCAAGGCCUUGUGGAACUCCGAUCCGAGAAUGACGCAAUACCGGACCUGGAGGGUGUCGAGAGUGAGACGAGGAAACAUCUACUGAGGCUUUAUCCCCUGCUCGUCGGGACUGCAAGGGUUGCGGGACGCAUUGGGGAUGGCAAGGUUCUGGGUCUCGUGGGAGAGGCGCUGGAGGUUGUUGGGGGAGAGUUUGGGUUGUAA